AUGGCGUAUUGCAUGCUCGGGAUAUUCAACAUUAACAUGCCAUUGCUAUAUGGAGAAGGCAAAAGGGCGUUCUUUCGACUCCAAGAGGAAAUCAUCAGGACUUCCAACGAUCAUACUAUCUUCUGCUGGGAGUGGACCGAUGACGUUCCAAAUGACUGGGCAAGUCUUCUUGCGCCGUGGCCGACCGUGUAUGAAGGCUCUGGGGAGUUUGAACAGCUCAACAGCGACGAGAUAUCUGUGUUUUCAAUGACCAAUGCUGGGUUAUCCAUUCGGCUACCUGUCAUAACAGCGUUUGGGGCUUCACAUACCACUGUGAGUUCUUGGUUCGUUAUGCUACAGGCGGCGCCAGCAAGCACCAUUCUCCAGCAUCCGGAGGCAGCGUGUCUUUCAGUUAUGGGUCGUAGGGCAGGCGAUUUGCUCUAUGUCACACGGUUCUCAUACCCUUCUCGGCCCAUGACUAUAUCGAGAACUUGUGUCGAAAGCUUCAAAACAGAGUCUCUUCUCGUCAUGAACAGACUUGCACCCGGUAGAGGCUCAAGAAAGAUGAAAAGCUCAUCGGGCGAUACUGAUGAUAACACGGUCACAUUUAUCCCCAUCUUCUGCUCGCCGCAUCUGCAGGGCCGAUGGGACUUCCACGAUUUAUACGGGAGCGAUAUCACGCCGCGCUCGCUGUUGGGUACUAUCACGUUGACAACUGAUGCCGACAAUAUCGGGGUGGCGGCAGUAUUGAUGGCAAAAGCCGGCAGGUAUCCAGAUCCGAAUUCCUAUAUCUUGCUGGGGGUCGAGAAGACAGAUUAUUCUUGUUAUUCUACGGCGAAACUUGUGGAAGCGCGACAGGAUAAUUUGGCAUGGAACCCUGACGGUUUGGAGAAGACCAUGACACAGUGGAGGAAACGAGUCGUUGCAGGCAGUUCCAUCUUCUCGGGGGCAUAUUAUAAUAAUAUUCUCGGAAUGACAAUGGUACUGAGGAGAUCUACAGAUGUCAUAAGGAGUACCAGAAACUGUUACUUCUUGUGUUUCUAUGAGGGCGACGUUGCACAUGAUACUGAAUAUGUAGCUGCACAGGCGUUUCUGGAUGAAGAGCACCCGGUGCCUAAUUUCAUUUCUCGAAACGACCCCAAUGAAUACACCUUGGGUCGAAUGGGGCAUCACAACGUCGUCAUUGCUGUUCUUUCUCAAGGAUAUGGCACAUCGAGUGCAGCCAGCGUCGCGACCCAUAUGGUCUUUAGCUUUCUCAAUGUCAGGGUUGGGUUGUUAGUCGGCAUUGCAGGCGGUGCCCCUAGCAUACAGGAUGAUAUACGACUUGGAGAUGUUGUAGUUAGCACUCCUGGGAAUGGACAUAACGGCGUUCUUCCAUACGAUAUGGGUGUGGCUUUUCAGGGCCAAGAAUUUGAGAUUCGGAGAGUUCUGAACGCCCCACCUUUCCAGCUUCUGACGGCAACGAAUGGUCUCAGAGCCCAACACGAGAUUCAAGGGCAUCGGCUUCAGCAAUCCAUCAGCGAGAUUCUGGACAGAAGCCCGAAACUACGGACCAAAUUCGGACGUCCUGACCCAGACUCUGAUCGGCUCUAUUUACCUCAUGUUGUUCACCCGUCGGGCCAACAUUCCCAUUGUACGGAGUCUUGUGGAAACGAUCCAUCAACGCCUGUUCUACGGCCAGAAAGAACUGAUGCAGAAGACGACAUUGUCAUUCAUUAUGGCCUUAUCGCUUCUGGAAACACUCUCUGCAGAGAUACCAACCUACGAGACAAAUUCGCCAAGAAGGGAAACAAAGACUGGCAAGGAUAUGCAGCUAUGACUGCCGCAGCAUAUGCCAAAGACCUUCUCAAGCAUGUCGCUCCAUCGCACAUUGCGACGAAACGAAAGAUGCGUGCUUGUGGCACGAAAUGGUUAACUGGUCAUUACUUGAGUCUCCUCAUGGAGACAGUGUUCGUUUUCAUGUUGUUCUUACUUGUAGAGACUAUUUUAAGUAAAAUUGGCCUGAAGCGGGAGGCGACCGGUGUAAAUCAGUAUAUAGAAUCCACCAUAGCCCUCGAUGGCAAUUGA